GCGCCCCGCCGCCGCCUCAGACCGCGCCGGCCCCGCUCCGCUGUCGCAACCUCCCGCCGCCGGCAGCUUCCCCUCAGCGCCCAACGCCACCGCCGCUCGAACAUGGGCUCCGCGGGCACCCGCCCCGCUCUGGCGGCCGCUCUCCUGUGCCUGGCCCGCCUGGCUCUCGGCUCGCCCUGCCCCGCCGUCUGCCAGUGCCCGGCCGCCGUGCCGCAGUGCGCCCCCGGCGUGGGGCUGGUGCCGGACGGCUGCGGCUGCUGCAAGGUCUGCGCCAAGCAGCUCAACGAGGACUGCAGCCGGACGCAGCCCUGCGACCACACCAAGGGGCUGGAGUGCAACUUCGGCGCCAGCCCCGUCGCGACCAAGGGCAUCUGCAGAGCACAAUCCGAGGGGAGACCCUGUGAAUACAACUCCAAAAUCUACCAGAAUGGCGAGAGCUUCCAGCCGAACUGUAAACACCAGUGUACGUGCAUAGAUGGAGCUGUGGGCUGCAUCCCGCUCUGCCCGCAGGAGCUCUCCCUUCCUAACCUGGGCUGCCCCAGCCCCAGGCUGGUCAAAGUCCCCGGGCAGUGCUGCGAAGAGUGGGUCUGCGAUGAGAGCAAGGAUGCGCUGGAUGAGCUGGAGGGUUUCUUCAGCAAAGAGUUUGGUCUGGACGCUUCUGAAGGUGAACUGACCAGGAACAAUGAGCUAAUUGCCAUCGUGAAGGGAGGCCUGAAGAUGCUACCUGUGUUUGGAUCUGAGCCACAAAGCCGAGCUUUUGAGAAUCCCAAAUGCAUUGUGCAAACAACUUCCUGGUCCCAGUGCUCCAAGACAUGCGGAACCGGCAUCUCCACGAGGGUUACCAAUGAUAAUCCUGACUGCAAGCUGAUCAAGGAGACCAGGAUAUGCGAAGUGAGGCCAUGUGGCCAGCCAAGCUAUGCCUCUCUAAAGAAGGGGAAGAAAUGUACCAAGACUAAGAAGUCCCCAUCCCCAGUGAAGUUCACUUAUGCUGGAUGUUCCAGUGUGAAGAAGUACCGCCCCAAGUACUGUGGCUCCUGUGUGGAUGGUAGGUGCUGUACGCCCCAGCAGACCAGGACUGUCAAGAUCAGGUUCCGCUGUGAUGAUGGUGAAACCUUUACCAAGAGUGUCAUGAUGAUCCAGUCCUGCCGAUGCAACUACAACUGUCCGCAUGCGAACGAAGCUUACCCCUACUACAGAUUGGUCAAUGACAUUCACAAAUUCAGGGACUAAGCUGUGGUGGGGGUGGGAUGCUAAACAGAGUUCUGAAGUAACCAGCCAUGGAGAAAGGACCUUUGGAAAUGGUGCCUUGCCCAGCGGAGGGCAACAUUGAGGUGUUACAAGAGUGCACUGUGCAACUGGACACUAAUGCAACAGAUUUUAAGCAUACUUAAAGCUUCAUAGUACUGGAGCAACUUCCCUGCUUCUUUUUGGAGCACCUUAUAUACUGUUUUCUGUUUGUAAGUGAUCUGAGAAAUGUUUUUUUCUGGUUAUGAAAACCUUCUUCCUAUCCUCUUUGAUUUAACACUAUGCUUUUCCCCCCCUCCCUCUCUCUUCUCCCCCCACUUUCCCAACCAAGUUGGAAGCUACAUUCCUUCCUGAGGUGGGCACUUGUGAGGUGUUCACAGUGGCAGCUAUUAUGUACCAACUGUAGUUUAAUGGCAAACAGAAAUCAGUUGUUUUAAAGCUGAGUAUUUUAUUUAUCAAACUGUAGCUUUUUUGUUUUCUUUUUUUUAACCCCUUCCAGACCCUGUAAUACUGGAAUAAGUUGUAAAUGAUUUUAAUUUUAUAUUCAAUGAAUUAAAAGAAUUUAUUUAUGGAAUUAAUCAUUUAAUAAAGAAAUAUUUACCUAACUAUUCUCAGUAGAGCAUUUGAAGAAGCAACAGCUUUAAUUUACAGCAAGGUUAACUACAGCAAAGGAAAGACCUUUCUAUGAACACUUCACAUCCCAAGAAUCAAGAUUCCCUGGAAACUAAAGCAUGUUCUCCCAGAGAUGCAGCCAGGAACUCCAGUAAGCUGGGUCUAAUUCUUAGUGUAAAUGAUACUUUGAAGUGGUAUAUACAGUCUGCCCCCCUAUGCUCUAAAAAGCAUGUGCAGAAAAAGCUUCCUGGCAGCAAAAGCCAAUGUUUGAUGGAGAGACUGAAAUGUUAAUCAGAGUGUCAGAUUAUUCAAACCGUCCUGGAAUUUGCAACAUAAGGCACUUCAUUAGAAUGCAGUAUGUGCACAACGAUGGUGAGUGCUGGUCAGGUCUUGCAUUUUUUUUGGUGGCUGCUUUUUUUAAAUUAACAGAGGUCUGUGGAAGAAGAAUGUUUCCUGCAGUCUGCAGGAGGUAGUUUGCUUUCACUAAAUUCAAAUUAAA